UCCUGUUCAUAUGUAAAAGCACAUACUGGCCUCCAUUGUUCUGUAGUGGCAACAAGGAGUGGAGUGUGCAAUUGGCCCAGCAUACCAAGAUGGAAAUACCGAAGACAGCCGACCAGGGGGUGGAGAUGUUCGGGAUGAAGCGCCGCGGCAAGCAGCUGGCUACGGCGAGCGGCGGCGCUGAGCCGGAGGCCGGCGACAGCGCCGAGCAGUGGGAGCCGCGAGAGACCGACUGGGGCCGCGUGGUCGCCGAGCUGCACAUUCAGUCCGGCGCCAUCUUGUCGCUCGCCUCCAUCGUCUGGAAGGCCAGCCUUGUCACCUGGCUCUGGGGAGGCCUGCUGACGUGGCUUGGUGUGCUGGGACUGACGGCGGGGACGCACCGGCUGUGGGCGCAUCGCAGCUACGAGGCCUCUGCGCCACUACGAGCCUUCCUCGCUGCCUGCCACACCGCCGCUGGACAGGGCAGCAUCUACAGGUGGGUGCUGGAGCACCGCCUGCACCACAAGUACCACGGCACUGACGACGACCCGUUCAACUACCGGCGCGGCUUUAUGUUCUCGCACGUGACCAGCCGCCUGCUCAAGCCACACCCACGCUUUCAGGAGGUCGCCGCCACCAUCGACAUGAGUGACAUCGAGGCCGACUCCAUCGUCAUGUUCCAGCACAGGUACUGGGCGCCGCUGACGCUGCUGCUGGGGGUGGCGCUGCCGCUGUGGCUGCCGCUGCUCGUGUGGGAGGACGUGCCAGUGCCCGCCAUGGUCAUAGCGGUGAUGCUGCGACUCGCCAUCCUCUGGCACGUCGCCGGCCUCAUCAACAGCGGCGAGCAGAUCUGGUCACUCUCCGUCAAGAAUAAGUACUCGGUGGACUCUAACCUGGUGUUCUUCCUGAACCGGACGCACUGGCCGCAGUACCACUACCUGCUGCCGUGGGACUACCGCACGGGCGAGUUCGGCUCGUACGACGACGACUGCGUGACGACGGCGAUCCGCGUGUGGGCGGCGCUCGGCUGGGCGUGGGGGCUGCGCACCGUGGGCGGCGACGCCGUGCGCCGCGCGCUCGCCGCCUCCGACGACGUCGUCUCCGCGCUCGAGGAGGAGGGCCGCCGCGUCGCCAAGCAGUCGCUCUUCCUGCAGUAGGGCGGCCCGCGGCCGCUCGCCUCAGCUCUGUCCAGGCUGACAAAGGGUGUCAUCAUCAAGGUAGCUGGAGAAUUCACUGGAAACAGUGGACUCGAUUAUUGGUUAUCGUCCAAGUGUUUCGAGGCAAUGAUCUGUUUGCUGGAGACCACCAACAACUUUAGAACCUCUGCUUUUGGCCCCCAUGCCCUAACUUUUUUUUGCGUAUAUCCAUAUUGCCGUCUCUCUCCUUCUGAUUAAGUUAUAAUAAAAAUAUUUUGACCUAGAA